GCCUGCGCAGUCCGCAGCAGGGGGCCGCACAGGCAGGCGACCCGGACGGGGGACUCGCCCCAAGACUCUGACCGCAGGCGCAGCGUGGGCGCGGGGGCCAGCAGGGGACGCUGCGGACAGGCGGCCUCCCGACCUCUGCGUUCCGGGCCGCCAGCCGCCAGCACCAGCCAGCCAGCCAGCCGCUGUGACCUCCAGUCCAUCAUCUGCCAUCAGGAGCAGCGUCUGCCUGCCAGUCACCAGGCCAGCACCAGCAUUGCACAGGCGCGAAAGGGAAUUCCUUAUGCAACACAAGGAAGCGGCUGGAAAAUAUGCAAGCGUUCUCUUCACAGUUACUUCUGGUUACCAAAUGUUACCCUCAAGGGACAGCUCCGAGGCAGACUCACGGGCACCAUGAGGGCGACCUCCAGCGCCGCACUGAUCCUGGCCGUGGCGACAUGGGCUGCAGCUGCCACAGACUUCCCGCUGCCCGUGGCGUCCACAGGGUCGCUCCUGGAGGACACAAAGGCCCAGUGCGCCCAGAAUAUCAAGAGGUGCUGGUUCCUCUCCUUCCUCAAGCCCAGUGAGCCCAUCUGUGCCAGUGACCAGGGCACCUACAGUGGAGAGUGCCACCUCUGCUCCAGAGUGCUGGAUCAAACUCAGGACCUUGUGUUUGCCAGAUAUGAAGGGUUGAACAUAACCAAACUGUAUGAUGGGCCAUGUAGUCCCAGGAGGACGCCGCUGGUACCCUCACUCUCCAGGACUGGGACCAAUCAUUGGAUGAGAGAAAACAGGAAACCACCUGAUCUUGCCUGGAGACCCUGAAAACUCCUGGAUACCCCGGGGCAGGUGCAGACCCGGUCAGCUCCACGAGAGGUGGCUGCUCCUACUGCAGGAACCCACGCUUAGCCUCUGGCACCAGGAUUUCUUCUUCAAUAAACAUCUCAGCAGAAAGCCUG